AUGAACCAAGCAACCCUCCUUUUUUUCCUGGUCAUCAUAGGCUUCACAUUUGCUCUCGAGAACAAUGAGAUCGAAACUGAUAACCUAUUGACAGAGCAGAAACAAUUAUUGCCUCGACAUCAUGUCUCAUCUUCAGUUCCAUGUCAACAUGCCAAAGAUAAAGCAGCAUGUUGGCAAUCCAUCCACAAGAAACACCACCACCACCACCACCACCAUCAUCAUCGCCAUCAUCGCCAUCACACUCACUACAUCAAUCAAACCACUUCAGUUUGCUGGAACCAAACAAAGACGUACGAUGUUACUCGACGAGUGAAAUCUACAUCCACUGUUAUUAGACAAAAAGCGACAAUUGUACCUACUUGUUCUCAGACUGUAGUUGCUGUACCUGUCAGUUAUCGCACUCUGAAAUCUAUUAGCAGAUCAAAAUCCAUCAGCAAAUCCAAAUCAAGAAGCAGAUCGAAAUCGAAAAGUAAAUCUAUCUCGAAAAGCAAAUCUUCAUUGAAAAGCAAAUCAUCUUCAAAGAGUAGAUCAUUGUCCAAGAGCAGAUCCAUAUCGAAAAGCAAAAGCAGAUCAAAGUCAGCAAGCAAAAGCCGAGCUAUGGCAUUGAGCACUCAGAUCAUCAUUACAACAACAGAAACUACAAGCAGUAUAGUAACCGCAACACCAACGCCUACUACAACUGACGUUGCCCCUGUACCAGCCGUUGCUACUCAAACGGAUACAACUGAUGCUCCCAAUACAGACACCAAUGCAGCUACACUAGAAAAUGAUCCAGCAACGACCGAUUCUGAGAGUGCUACAAUGACCAACACUGCUACGGCUACCACAACUUCCAACGAUGUCUUGAGUACAUCGACAAACAAUAGCGACAUUUAUGCAAAUUCUGAUGCCGCAGCUGCAAACGACAUUAGCAAUAAGGCACUGGGCAUUGGCCUGGGUGCUGGCAUUGGAUGUAUUGCAGCACUUGGUUUAGCUGGCUUAGUCGUAUUCAAUCGCAAAAGAAGACAAGAGAGGCUCAGCGAAGAUGAUUCUCAAACGGUGCCUACACGCUGGAGACCCCAGAGUUUCAUGGGCGCCGUGGCUUCUGUCGUCUCCAAGUUACCCAGAUCUCCAUCUCAGCGAAGCAAAGCCUCAACUGAUAUGCUGGGUGUAGCAGUUGGACACGGCCAAGGUGCUACUGAAAUGCCUUCUUCCGACGCAAGACAAUACUAA